GGAAGCGUCGGAGUCACUGCGUUCAGCGUCACGGCCACGAAGAAAAAUCGUUGGGCGCGCGGGCUUUGGAAAUGGCGAAGGACCGUGAAACAGACGUGGGAUCCUUGUCCUCGGAUUCCCUGAAACUGUAUGAGGCACAGUUCUUCGGCUUCACCCCUCAGACCUGUAUGAUGAGAAUGAACAGCGCCUUCCAGGACUGCCUGUACGAGAUGCUCGUAGUCGUUGAGUCUGUGUUUGUCCGCAAAUUGUCCCAGGGCAAAGAGCCGCCGGAAGAGCUUCGUGUCAAGACUCGUGAGUGCACGCAAAAACUGCUGCAUUUCCUGCAGGAACGCUUCAAGAAGCUGUCGAGUCGCAUGGAAGCUCUGCUGGUGAACAGCGUACUGUCGGUGCCUCAAAACGUCCUCCUGCCUGAAGACGAGCCGCACCGCAAACACCCGGAGAGCAAAGAACAGCUUUUAAAGCUGGAGGCUUCGAUCGCAGAGCUGCAGAAGUCUUACGAGGCGGAGAUGUGCGCGAAACAAGCUCUCCUGGCCGAGCUGGAGGAGCAGAAAGAAACGCAGAAGCAGCUGGACGAAGUACUGCAGUGGACCGACGAGCUGCGUCUAUCCUGGAGGAAAGAAGGGAUGGGAAAUACCCGAGACUGCUUCAAGAAUAUGAUUGAGACUGUGAACCAGCUGCAGGGUGAGAUAGGCAAGAUCCAGAAGAAGAGCAAAUCACUCGAUGAAGUCUGAAUACACUUUUCCCCAUCAUGCCUUCAUUGAGAUGGACUCCAUUGGUACCUGUGCAAUCCCAGCCCAUCCACAAGGGGGUGGCAGCGUGCAGUCCAAGCAUGACCGCUUUGGCUCUUCUCAGCAAGGCGUCACAUUUGUAAGCAUUCCUUCUUUGACAUUUAAAAUCACCCCAGAACCCCCCUUUUUUCUUUUACCAAAUCCAUUGUCUGUACCACAGAGCCAGGAUCAUACGUCUUCUCUCCAGUUUUAUUUUCCUCAGUGCACUGAGAUCAAACUGAAUUUCCUAUAUGCCCCAAUCCCUGUACUCUUUUUCUUGUUCACAGCAGGAGGCCUGUAGACCCAAAUAAGGGCUAGUUCUAUUACCAGGUGCACUGUGUAUCAUGAUUGUAUAUACUUUGGUUUGUGUUUCUUUAUAUGUAACCCUGUGUUGUUGUUGUUGUUUUCUUUAAUUUGUUAAGAACUGGCACUUUAUUUUUUAACUGAACCCAAAUGUCAUAAAUAAACCAUUUUUAUAUUGUAAGCAUAAGUUU